AUGGAAAACUUUGAAACGUACCAAACGCCUCUUUCCAGCCGAUAUGCAAGCAAGGAGAUGGCCCGCCUGUUCUCUCCGGCCAUGCGAUUCCACACCUGGCGGAAAUUAUGGCUCAACCUUGCGGUUGCCGAAAAGGAACUAGGCUUGCCUAUCUCUGACGAAGCCAUCGAACAGAUGAAAGCAAACCUUGAUCUCACCGCAGAGCAAUUUGAGAUCGCAGCCCAAGAAGAGAAGAAAAGACGUCAUGAUGUAAUGGCGCACGUCCAUACUUUCGGACAGGUCGCCCCGGCAGCUGCUGGGAUCAUCCACUUGGGAGCAACGUCGUGUUAUGUUACUGACAACGCCGAUCUCAUCUUUCUUCGGACUGGUUUGACCUAUCUGAUACGAUCGCUGGGCAUCCUCAUAUCGAGGCUCUCAUCCUUCGCUGCCCAGUACAGAGAUCUCCCCACCUUGGGAUUUACCCACUUCCAGCCAGCCCAGCUGACUACCGUAGGGAAGCGCGCAACCUUGUGGAUCCAGGAACUUCUGUGGGAUCUGCGAAAUUUGCUGCGUGCCAGGGAAGACAUUGGCUUCCGUGGGGUCAAAGGGACGACUGGCACGCAGGCCAGCUUCUUGGCCCUCUUCGACGGAGACCACGACAAGGUUGAGCAGUUAGAUGAACUGGUCACAAAGCUCUCGGGAUUCGAGUACUCGUAUCCAGUGACUUCGCAGACCUAUUCACGCAAGAUUGACAUCGACGUCCUGACCCCUCUCGCUUCCUUGGGCGCCACCGCACACAAGAUCGCCACAGACAUACGUCUACUUGCAAAUCUCAAGGAAAUUGAAGAACCGUUCGAAUCCACCCAGAUCGGGUCGUCGGCGAUGGCGUACAAGCGGAACCCCAUGCGAUGCGAACGUGUGUGCAGUCUGGCGCGCCAUCUGAUGAUACUCCCCCAAAACGCCCUAAUGACAGCAAGCGUUCAGUGGUUCGAACGCACCCUUGACGACAGUGCCAACCGCCGCAUCACCAUCCCCGAGGCAUUCCUGACCGCAGACAUCGUCCUCUCCACCCUGCAGAACAUCUCCGAGGGUCUCGUCGUCUACCCAAAAGUUAUCGCACGGCGCAUCGCCCAGGAACUGCCCUUCAUGGCGACGGAGAACAUCAUCAUGGCGCUCGUCAAGAACGGCGGCGACCGACAAGAAGCGCACGAGAAAAUCAGGGUGCUCUCCCACGAAGCUGCCCAUCAGGUUAAGCAACUCGGCUUGGAAAACGAUCUCAUCGACCGCGUCAAGUCGGACCCGUACUUUGACCCGAUCAAGGAUCAGCUCGAGCAGCUGCUGGACCCCGCGACCUUCGUGGGCCGCGCACCCCAGCAGGUGGACAAAUUCAUCAAGGACUGGGUCGUGCCGGCCUUGGCGCGCGAUGAGCUGCAGGAGGCGAUCAAUAAAGGCGGCAAAGUAGAGCUCAGCGUCUGA